AUGAAAUUGCUAUUCACAUCUAGAGUUUCAAAUUUUCAACGACCUUUCUUGUUUAGAAAAUUCUCGACGGCAGAUGGAGUCGAGCUGGCCUUUGCGAAAUAUGGUGACCACGAGAAGAACCGAAAGCAUAAUCCGUUGUUGAUUUGUCACGGUUUGUUUGGACAGAAAACGAAUUGGAACUCGGUUGCGAAAGCUGUGCAAAAAAGGCUCGAUAAUGUGGUGUAUGCUGUUGACUUGAGAAACCAUGGGGAUUCGCCACAUUGUUCUUCUAUGUCAUACACCGAACAGGCCACCGAUCUUUAUCUUCUAAUCCAAAAAAUUUGUGCAGAAGGCUCGUUCAAAAAAGCCAACUUGCUUGGACAUAGCAUGGGAGGAAAAGUAGCAAUGCGCUUUGCCAUUGAUCCUCAUGGUUCUUCCUUGAUCGACAAGUUAAUAAUUGAAGAUAUCAGCCCAAAAGGAUAUUCUGUCAGCUCACAUACAUUCAGAUAUUAUGUGGAAGCGAUGCAGAAGGCUGAUCUUUCGCUUUCGAGGCAAGAGAUAUCAAAAGGAUUAGAGCAUGAUAUUCCUGAGUUGGCUAUUAGGCAGUUUCUUCUAACAAACCUUCGACCUCGUCAAGAUGGAACUUUUGAGUGGAAGAUGAAUCUUACAUCGAUCGGGAGACAUUUUGAAGACAUUUUGGGUUGCUCAUUGCCGGUUGGAACUUUUCGAGGACCUACGUUGUUUAUCUAUGGGGAUAAGAGUGGAUAUGUGCCAGAUGAAGAUCGACCCUUGAUACGAAAUUUGUUUCCACAGGUUGAAUUUUCGUCGGUGAAGAACGCCGGUCACUGGGUGCACUCCGAGCAACCACAAACGUUUAUUGAUGAAAUUUGUCGCUUUAUAGAAAAGAAA